AUGUCGUACACUGGAAUCAAGAAAAGUCCGCUUGGAGCAAUACCGUUUCUCAAAAAACGAUUGCGACGAAUCACAGCUUUAGGCCUUCGAAAUUUAACAAUUAAUGAUUUGAAUUUUUCGUUAUAUUUUACGCUACAUCGAACUGAGCAGAGCGUUGCUUUCUACACAAGUGAAGCGGUGGAAAACCAACGCAGUCCGGAAUGGUCUCAUUUGGAAUUUCCAUUGAGUGUUCAAUGUUUACAAGAUUUUCUAAUGCGAGUGUGGAUUACAUCAUCAAAUAUCUGCCGUUUGUUUCUCGAAUAUGACGUUCAUCUCGAUGAUUCGCUCGUUCCUGAUGGGCAGAAAGAUGAUUCGCCUGUUUGUAAUAAUAGCCUUUGGCUAGAAAUGUUUGGAUAUCAAUUCACGGAUAAUCCAUCAACUGCGAGCCAUCAAGCGUUUUUGCAACAGAUCAGUAGAGAUGCUUCACUGGCGGAAAAGAAAACCAAACGCAGUAAUUUUGUAAAAUCGUACAACAAAUCGAGUAUUUUACGAAUGAUCAGUGCUAUCGAUGCAAUAAGAAAUGAAAAGCGAUUAGCAAACGAAUGUCUUCAACGUCUACAGACCUUAGCUGAUGAAAAUGAAGAAUAUCUAUCAAGAAUCAAAGAACGGGAAUCGCGUCGUUUACAAAUUGAACACUUACUGCAAUAUAUCUAUUGCCAAACAUCAAUUAAUGACCAGCAAUCGACUAUAAAUCAACAACGACACAGAAUAGUCAAUGAAAGAAGAAAUCAACUCGAUCAAGAUCUAUUGCAAUUACUUCAUCAACAAAAAGAAUUGAAAGCACGUAUCAGCGAAUUAAAUCAAUCUAAAUAUUUUCUGUAUGAUCUUAUCAAAUUAACUACAUUUCGACAGAAGACGAUUAUCGAUGAAAUAUACCAUCAGAUUUAUCCGAUUGUUAGCGACAAGAAAAACGAAUAUUCGAUUGCAAAUGUCCGGUUACCAACAGCACAAGAUAAAAUUUAUCAAACAACACUAACUCGUGAGCGUGAAAAUGAAAUCGGUGCAGCUGUUGGAUAUUGCGCACAUUUUGUUCUUAUCAUUUCGCAGUUUCUUCAAUUACCACUUCGAUUUCCUAUUGAAUUCAACGGAGCAGCAACGAUUAAAAUCCAUGAUUAUACAUUACCAUCAAGCGACUUUCCGUUAUAUCCAAGUUACGAUAUGAAUUCUUUUCAAUAUGGUUUCUUCUUAUUGAAUCGAGAUAUUGGUCAGCUAAUGUACCAUUGUCGUGCUGGCGGUCGGAAUACGGAUUAUCGAAAAACUUUAGUUAAUCUGAAAGAAUUAUUGGAACAAUAUUUUACCAAUAGAAAACGGAGUCAAUCAGUACAAGUUUACACAUUGAAUCAAUCAACAAUUGAACCGAUAAUUUCAGACACCAGUAUGAGUAUCGAUGAGCGAGUAGUGAUGCGAAAUAAAACAAAUCUUAGCGAGAAUUCUAUUUUUUCGCCAUCACGUUCCGCAUCGUCGUCAUUCCUUGAAUCGAAUGAUUUGAUUCACAAUGAAGACAACAAUCAUCGCAAUGAUGUCAAUUUAUUUCCAAAUUCUAGUGCCAUAUCACCUCGAUUAAUGAUGCAGAUAUCCGUUCAACCUCAACAGCAAUAA